CAGUGAGUGAGGGAGAUGGCGGCCAUGAGAGCUGACGGUAAGGCCGGCCAGCAGCAGCAAGAAGGGGAAGAUGCCGAGGAAGAUCUCCCCUCCCUCACGCCGCGCACUGCCACGCGGGAGCUGGAUGAAGAGCGGGAGCGGCGGCGGAGGGCCGAGGUGCGGACGGAGCAGCUGAGCCGCUUUAUCAAACAGGCCGAGGCCGACGCCAAGAAGCGCGAGACCACCAACCGCCAGCUCGAGGCCGAUCGGGACAACUGGAAGCGGAAGUGGAAGACCGAACUGGACAGAAUGCACAAGUAGGAUAGAUACACUGAUGCAGGGAAGGUCCCUCUCUGUGCGCAUGGAGGAUGUGCGCGAGAAUCUGACGGCGUGUGUGUUGUGUUGCUGGUUUUCGUGUGUGCAGGUUGCAGGCUGAGAGUGCGCGUCAGGUGGAGGCGGUGCAGCGGGACCUUCAGGGGCAGGUGGAGGCACUGCAAAAGCUACACACACACAGGUGCAUGCGGUCGCACAGCACUGCACGGGAGGGGAAGGCCGCGAUUCUCCCUGAGCUUCUUCUGUCGUCCAUGAUGGUUGCGUGUCAUUGUUCCUUGCCCCAUUCUCUGUCUGCAGGGACCGUAACAGCCAACUCAGCCACCUGCUCAGGGUCAAGGAUAGCACACAAGAACGGUACAUGACACACACGCCACGCCAAGAGGGAGAAAGAAGAGAUCCGACCACCACAAUCCAUGAGUGCCCCUGUUCCUUUGUUUCUUUGUUCUGUCAGCUUGGAGGCCGAGAUCCACCGGCUGCAGGACCUCGUAAGCCCUACCACCACACACAACACACACGACACGAUCCAUCCUCUAUGCUUCUCUGUCGCUCGAUCAGCUCUCACACCAGACCAACACCAACCCCGACACAAAGAGUGCCGAGAAAGCUCCAAUUACCCCCCUCUCUCCCCCUCCCCCGCCCCCCGUCCACAUCCCUCCCGAGGCCACACCGGCCUUCCAGGCCCUCAAAGCCGAGUACGAUAGGACCCUCUCGUUCAUCACAGGCACUCUGGGGCUGCCGGGCCCUCCGCAGCUGUACCAGUGGAGAGGCACCGUCACUCACACAGGGGAGGGAGAGGGCAAAGGGUCAUCGCAACAGCAGAUUGGAGAGGGUGGUGGUGCGCCGGAGCCCUCUUCGGCAGAUGGCGGCGUGCAGGCUGCUGCUGCUGCGGCUGCGGAGGCAAAGGGCAAGGCCGCACCGCCCAAAGGUGAGCAGUGGGUGGAUUCAAUGCGCUGGAUGGACCCGUGUCGUGUGUUCUCUCCCUUCUACCUCAGGUCCUCCGCCAAAGUUCUCCGGCGCCCGUCCACCCAAGCUCCCAUCGGUCAAGGCCCCCCCACCACCGCCCAAACAUCCAGCUGGCGGCAAACGAGCCCCUCCCAUCAGCAAGUCGGCAGACGCCGCCAACCGAGGCAAGAAGGCGCCCAUGUCCGAGUGCGUCAACAUCCAGUGGGGGACGGCGGGGGGCGCACCCCCGAGGGCCGACGUGGGCACAGAGGAGAUAUUGCGGCUGCAGCAGCAGGCUAAGUUCUCACAGGCUGGUGUCGGAGGAGGUCACAGUGGGGGCAAGGAGGAGGGCAGCGGCAAACAUGCUGGUGGGGGUGGGGGUGGCGCUGGGGUUGGGAGUGGGGCUGGUACAUCGGCUAAGGGUGGUCGGAUGAGUGUGGGCGGGGCUGGGGCUGGCGGUGGCGCUGCUGGUGUGGGUGAGAAGGGGAGGGUGGUUGUGGAUUUUGACCAGACGGUGAGGGACUUCCCCGAGGCUGUAGCCGCCCGACAGAGGUACGUAUGUCUGUCUGUCGUCUGCGUAAGAGCGGUGGGUGGGUGAUCCACGUCUGCAUCAUCAUCUGUGCAUCCGUAUACACCAUCCAUGUGUGCAGUUUGACGAAGCGCCAGCUCAACCCCAUCACGCCAUCCAGUACCGACGGGCGGGACGACACAGCCACACCAUCUGACUGACUGACUACGCGCUCUAUGUGUGAUGGUGUCGGUCGUGUCAGUCUUCGAUUUGGACGAGGAGGGCGAGCGGCUGAUGCAGGGCGUAGCGCAGGACCCGCGGCUCGUGGAACUCUUCAAACGAAAACCCACCAAGGCAGACAACGCACUACACACCACACCUCUUUCGCCUCAGACAAACACAUGCAUGCCUUUCUUUUUUUCUGCACACUCAGGCUGCCCCUGAUUCGUUUGCCGCUGGAGGGGCCAAGCCGCAGCGGUCGUCAUGCCUCACCGACAAGGGACAGAAGCGAUACGGUCGGCACACUCAUUCCCCCACCCCUCCCAAACAACACACCCGUGUUUCCACAGAGUGAGAGAGAGGUGUCUGUAUGGUUGUGUGUGUGUGUGUGUGUGUGCAGAGGUAGCCCGUCAGCGCAUCGCAAUGACGGUUACGGCCCGUCUGCGGGGGUGCAUGUCGAGCCGCGAGCACCCCCACUGGCUGCAUGAGUUCAAGCGCCUGUUCCUCGAGUGUAACCUGGAGUUCCUCAACAAGGAGCUCAUCAACUCACUCAUGUGACAAGAGACACACACACACACACACGCAUCUAUGUGCUUCGGGGGCGUGUUGUAGGGAUGCUGUGCCGAAGGAUGAAGACAUAGCGGCCGUGCUGCAGUACAAACAGGUGGGAGUCUGUCUGUCUGUCUGACCGUCGGCCUGCGCCUUAUGCAUUCUGUCUCCUUCCCGCUCCCUCUAUCAUCGUCUCUGUAUGUGUGAGUCUGUCAGGAUCACCCGGGUGUGCCGCUGCUCGCUGCCGAGGAGUUCGUCUACAACGUAUGUGCGACGACCGACGCCACACACAAAGCUCGACACACACAUCUGUGUGCCUUUGUGUGUGUGACUAUGCGUCAGAUGUCGACCAUCCCGCGUCUGAAGGAGCGGCUGGAGUGCAUGGCGUUCAAGCUGUACGCUGAGGACUCAUUCAAGGAAACCAUCCAGGUGCCCUCACACAGACAGAGAUUCUCUUGUGUCCAUUGGACGUACGCGCCUGGAUGUGUGUAUGUGUGCGCCAGUACAUUGAGGACCAGCUGGCGGCUCUGGACAUGCUGAUGAAGAGCAAGAGGCUCCACCACCUAUUCCUCGUACUUACAGACACACACCCCUCCCCGUGUCAUAGCUAUGCGUCUGUGUGUGUGUGUGUAGGUGAUAGUGGCGAUCGGCAACAAGCUCAACGAGGGCACCACUCUCGGCAACAGACAGUGGUUCAGACUCAAAACACUCAAAAUGGUGGGCAGGGCAGGCCAAAAUACCCAAACAAACACCUGAAUGACAUAGAUGUACCCCUCCCCACCUGUGUGCAGUUGGGAGACACCAAGAUGACCACGGCGGACAGGCGCGAGCGGCACGUGCUGCACUACCUCAUCGAGACCUUCCCGUGGACGCGUAAGCCAUCCGUGAACAUACGACAGAAGAAGCAAGCCAUCCGUCCAUCCUUCCAUCCAUGUGAAUGCCUUUGUGGCUGUGUGUGUGUGUGUGUGCAGGUGAGGUGUUGGAUGAGAAGGACAUGCGCAUCCUCGCCAAGGCGCAGCAGCGUGCGUACCCCCCCCACACACACACACGGACGGCCGGCCGCACUUGUGGAUGCAUCUCUCUGUGUGUGUGUGUGUGUGUAUGUGUGUCUGUGUGUGUCAGAGCACGUUGCGAUGACCUACACGUUGGGCAUGGACCACAUCAACUCGUGGCUCGCCGUAGGCAUCACAGCACUCGCCUAUUCCCUCCCAGACAUCUCACAUCUUUCUUUCUUUCUCUCUGUCUGCCUGCACACCAUCAAUCAGAUCAAGGCAGAGUAUCGGCAGGAGAGGCGGCGCAACUCCAUGGCUCCCCACGAGGCCGACAAAAGGGACUGGUCAGUCAGCCCGUCAGUCAGCCGACCAACCCUCUACCUCUCUCCCAACGCCUCCUUAUGUGUGUUUGGUUUGCUCCAUUCGUGUGUCAGUUUCCACCAGGUCAUGGCCGACUUCCACAAGCGGAGCGUGUCGCAGGUCAUCCAGAUGGACCACAAGCUGGGCGAGCUCAGGGAUGCCUACACGGCAGCCGUUCUCUACUUCGGCGACGUGCAGGGCUUCUUUCCUAUAGAUGCGGUGAGUGAGUGAGUCAGUACCACUCUCCUGGUCACCUGUGGUCUUCCACCCAUGUGAUUGUGCGUGUGUGUGUGUGUGUGAUUGUGUGUGUGUGUGUGUGCAGAGGGGCGACGAUCCCAACACGUGUAGCAUGCGGCCGGACCUCUGCAAGACUGUCUACGACUUCCUCAAGGACCUCAGAAAAGCCGCACACGACGUCAAGAAAGAGGAACAACACAAACAGGUAGGUGCCUUACCUUCCUGACACCCACGCCUCACAUCACAACAACUAACCAACUCGUCCCUCUGUCUCUCUGCCGUGCAGGUCAAGAGGACCCCCACCGGCCCCCCUGACAUCCCCCGCCGCCCGAGCAAGCCCGUCGGCCGCUCGUCAAAGGGCACCCCUGUGCGCACACCCACCAUGCCCACACCCACAUCGCACACACACAAGGCCGGCCCCACACCAUCGCCCCUGCCUCAGCCCGGCAGCAAACUGACCCCUCCCAGCAGAAAGGCCCCUUCGCCACCCGAAGACGGCAAGGGUGCUCCUGCCGCCGCCGCUGCUAGUGGUGCUGCUAGUGGUGCUGCUGUGUCGCCUGUGUCGCCUGUGAUAGGGCCGUUGAUGGAGUUUCCAGGGCGGAAGACGUCUAGACGACCCUCGUGUAAGGGAGACGUGGGGGGACAGACAGAUAGAGAGAUGCGUCUGUGUGUGGUGUGGGGGUGGGGAUGCAAUGGGUGCAGUUGGUGUGGCCGUCAUGCCGGAUGCCAUUCCGCCCUCGAUGCUCAAACGGCACAUCGGUACCACACCACACGCAAGCCCGUCUGUCCCUCUCUCUCUCUCUCUCUCUCUCUCCCAUACUCAUCUGUCAAUAUGUGGACUCGGCAGACAACAACGACGGCAGCGGUGGUGGCAAGGGCAAGAAUGCCCGAUGGCUGCCCAACAUAUGUGCGGCAUUCCCGCGCACCCAUCGGUGGCUUCUCGACAGGUUUCCGAACACAACGGCCACGUUGGGCCUGGUACGAUGAAUAGAUAGAUACCCACGUCAAUUAGUGUAUGUAUGCCUGUCUUAUCUCCCCUAUGUGCAGAAAAAACCGCCGCCUAAACCGGAGCAGGCGGCGCCCUACCCGCCACCACCACCAGCAUCCCACGCCACGGCCGGGCCGCUGCCAAGGACGAGAGCAUUUCUGCUCGCAACGUUCAAACAAACGGCCAAACAUCUAAAAUUGGUAGGAUGCUGCACACACAUUGAAGCAACACUCCAGAAGCAAGAAUGGCCUUGCAACUGUGGAUCAUCAUUGGCUGCAUCCAUCGUGUUGCAUCAGGACUCGACGUCGACGACGCCGCCCGAAGCGGAGCAGGUGGCGCAGCAGAGCACCCUGUGGCCGCACACAAAGAAGUACGUCCUCAAGAAUUUCCCAAGAACCACGGCAAAGCUCGGCAUGGUACGAUGAAUAGAUAGAUACCCACGUGAAUUAGUGUAUGCCUGCCUUAUCUCCCUUAUGUGCAGAGGCACCCGCCGCCCGAACGAGAGCAGGUGGCACCACCAUACCCACCACCACCGCCAUCGUCUUCAACCGCCGCUGCCACGAACGAGAGCAUUCCUACUCUCAACGUUCAAGCAGACGGCAGCCCAGCUGCGCAACGACUGAAAUGUGUGUGGUGUGUGUGUGUGUGGUUGUUGCAACCAGUCACAGGGCGGGUCAGCCAAUGAGAGCUCGGGGGAAACUCCGUGCUCUAUGGUGUCGUACGACGAGGAAGCUGCACACGGAUUUGGCGGCGAGGCCGACAAUGGCAGAGCAGGAGUGUCUGAUGCCGCGAGUACGGAGCAUACGGACUCCAACCACGAGCUGAUGGAUCUCGAGAUCCGAGAAUCGGACAAGCCGAGAAUCGACAAGGAGCCUCCGCGCGUCUCACUAAGGUCAGCCUGCCACAGACAUGCACACACAUACCCACAAAGAUACAAGUGCGUUUGCAGGUACAAAGACGGACAUGAGUACCGUGGCACCUUCAACGAACUGAUUCGGCUCCUGGCUGUGUACGAAAAGCAGACCAAGGAGUCACAAGCACAGGUGGGCGGUGGGUAAGCACAUCACCUGGGCUGGUCUCUUUGUGAGAGUGUGUGUGAUAUGUAUGUGCAGACCAACAUCACUGUUCGUUGGGAGGUUACACCGAACGGUCGCCGCACGGCCAACUUUCGCCUCCGCAAGGCCGAGACCGACGUGCGCUCCGUCGUAGGCAACGAAGUCAGAAUCAAAUACACUUACGACGGUACGUACGGAGGCAUUCCCUCCACACACGUGUGCGCAAGAUGGUACGGUUGUGCGCUGUGUCAGAUGGUGAGGUGUGGAUGCGGGAGGGCCACGUCUGUGUAUGUCUCUCUCUCUCUCUCUGUGUGCGCGCCCCUCCCUCCCCCCUCCCCCUCUCCCAUGCCUCACGUCAGCCAUCAUGGAGUAUAUGCAGCAGCAGCACGAGGCCCGGGCCGCCACGCACCGCGAGGAGAUGGCCGACUUGAACCGCAAGCAUCAGGAGGAGAUACAGUGGAUGAUGCAGCAGCAGGCCCAGAUGCAGCAGCAGAUGCAGCAGCAGAAGGCCCUGCUCAUGCAGCACCUACAGCAGGCACAGUGUGGUGCAGGUGAGAGACGGUGACAGAGAUUGCGAAGGCAGUGACAGUGUCGGCGACGGAGUCCGUGACGCGCGGGCCUCUGUCUGUGUACCUCUUCAGGGGGAAUUGCUGCCUCCAUUUCAUAUUUGCUGGCUCUUCUCGUCCAUCACCCGUCUGGUCAGGUGAGUGAAUCUUCGUGUACUCACACACGCGCCUCUGUGUCUCUGGUGGCCAUCCGUCUCACGGGAAUGUGUUGUGGUAUGUCAAGACCGAGCAGGAGAUCAAGGCUGAGCUGUUGUCACGGACGAAGGCCCUCAGACGAGCUCGUCUUCCUUUUCGAGUGCAUAUUCACAGAGACACCAAUGAGUGGAUGCACUUGCUCACUCACUCACAUUUUUCCGUCUCGGCUGUGUCGGCCGGUGGUGUGAAUUUGUUUCAGUGCCCUCCACACUAGCCCGCACCACCGAUGCAACGCCGAUCAGCUAGCCGCCCAUCGCCCCUGUGCAGCAGCCACCCAUUGCAUGCGUCAUACGAGAAGGGGACGUAGGGUGUGUGUGUGGAUGGUAUAACUUUGCUUUGUUGGUGGUGUUGCGAUCGCCACUCGUCGAGGAUGGACGCGGGAUGGUACACAUCCGCUCGGCACAGCGGAUAUGUUCCAUUUUACACUCGUCCGCGACACCGGGUGACUCGACCAGUGAGUGCAUCACGCGCACACGUGACCAAGACAGAUGAGAUGCUUUGGCCUGUGUGUCCGUGUGUGCGUGUGUUGUGCACAGAGAGGGGUCAUCUGGUCAGUGCUUGAUUGCGUGGUCGGUCUGUGUGU